UCUAUCAUUUCGUAACGGGGUGUAUAAAGGGGCACUGGAUAAGUGCUACCAGUUAUAUAUGAAUAAAGCAAAUAGGGAUGGUAAUAAUAUAUCACUGGACUCAAAUGUUAAACUCGAGGGCACGUACGACAAUAUUAAUUUGGUGAACAACAAGGUCCUAUUCUUUUCGUAUGGGUCAGGGUUGGCUUCAUCCAUGUUUUCGGCACAAAUCACGUCCGACCCAACGGUGCUCUCGAAACUGAUGGCCGGUAUCGGAGACAUUGGCCACCGAUUGAGUGGUCGACACAAAGUCUCAUCACAAAUGUUUGACGGGUUUCUAAAACUACGAGAACUCUGUCAUAAUAGGGCCCCAUAUAUGCCUACCGGAUCUCUUGAACAUUUAGGUGCCGGUUCAUUUUACCUGACACUUGUUAACGAUAAUUAUCAGAGAAAAUAUGAGUGCCAUAUUUCC